AUGGAAGCAAUUGGUUCAAAAUAUUUAAAUAAAAAUAAUAUUUUAACAACAAGAUAUUUUAAUAAUAAUACAAUUUAUCUUGAUACAAUUAAAUCAUCAGAUGGAAUGACAACAAUUAAUGUUAAAGAUAUUCUAUCAAAUAAUGAAAUUGAUGAAAUAAAAGAGAAAAUGAAAGAAACAAAUAUAUAUAUUGAUGAUAUUAGAGAUGAUGUAUCACAAUUAAUAACAUUAAAUACAACAAAUAUGAAUGAAAUUAAUAAUUUAACAUCUCAAUUAAUAUCUUUAUCUUCUCUUGUUAAUGAAACAUUAUAUUCACCACUUUAUUUUAAUGAAGAAACAAUAAUAAAAAUGAAAGGUUUAAAUUCUUAUAUUAAUGAUAAAAUUAAUAAUAUUCCUAAAGGAAUAACAGAAAAUAAUAAAGUUAUUAAUGGUAUUAUUGUAAAACAAAUAAUUAAUUAUGGAAAUGAAGAAGUAAAAUUUGAAUCUGUUGUUCCUUUCACAAAUUUUAAUCAUCAUUUUUAUUAUGAUGAUAAAACUUAUAAUCUCAAACAAAAUAAUUUAUUUAUUUCAUUUGGAAGAAAAUCAAUUGAUUGUUCAGCAAUAAUGAAAUAUUGUUGUAACUCAAAUUCAAGUGAUGAAUAUGUUUAUACAUAUAGUAAUAAAAAUUAUUAUGUAGCAGAAAUAUAUUAUGUAUUUAAUCAAACAAAAUCAAAUGAAUAUGAAAUAAGUUUAUGUCAUAUUAAUUUAGAUGGAAGUUAUAAUAAAAUUAAAACAUUUGAUAAAAUUAAAGUUUCAGAUUUAGUACAAGAAAGAGAAGAAACAAUUGAUGAAACAGAAUAUAUAUUACCAUCAUUACCAAAACUUACAGUAUAA